AUGCCUAGUAAGUUCCUACUGCCCAAACCUUCAAUUCAGAUCAGCACCAUUAAUCCGCUUCUCCCCCAUCAGUGCCGGGUUCUAAUCCUGGCCCAUUCUGCUUCUGCCCCGAUCCUCCACUUGGCCCGCCGUCCUACAUCCCUCCCUCUGCCCUUUUCCCCUUAGAGUCCCAUCUCUCUCUCUCUCCAUCCGUCCCGAGUCCCCUCCAUCCCUUCUUCCCUUCCUCCCCGCAGGAAAGGAAAGGACGGCGGCAGGAUAGGGAGCUUCCUCCUCUUCCUCUUCCUCCUUGACAAAAUAAUAUAUAUAUUAAAAAAACAACCUGUCCAGCCCAGACUUGAAGGAAAUUAUCCACCCCGCGCCACCGUCGCAAGGAAGCGUCAGGAAGGACGCUCCAAGCGAGCGCCCCUGUCCCGAGGAAGCAGGAAGCAGCCAGAGCACCGCUGCGCCCUGCGGAUUGGAGAGCUGGCGGCCGGCUCCCCGUCCCUUGCGCCCCAGCGCCGGGAGCUUCGGGGACUGCAGGGCAUCAGGAAGGCAGGAUGGAGGGACCCUGAAGAAGCAGAGAAGAAACUUACUUGCCAGGAGGAGGAGGAGGAGGAGGGAAAGAGCGGGCUGCGCUCGCCGCGGCUGCUUCACUGCGCCCCGCAGAGCAUGGCGCAAUCGCUCGCCGGGCGCCGCCGCCGCCAGCCAGUCAGAGCGAGCGCGCGAGCACACGGCGGGCCGGCUCCUUGGCGCUGA